CAGUGCGGAAGCGGAAGAGGCUGCAGGGCCCCGGAGCCUCUGUGGAGUCCGGUCGGGUCCCGGGGUCGGGGCCGCCCGCCGCGAUGCCGAGCCCCCGUAGGAGCGCCGAGGGAAGGCCGCUGGGCGCCUCGGCCUCGAGCAGCAGCAGCAGCCCCGGGAGCCCAGCCCAUGGCGGCGGCGGCAGGUUCGAGUUCCAGUCCCUGCUCAGCAGCCGCGCUCCGGGCGCGGACCUCACCUGUGCCCGGCUGCGCGCGUCCGAGAGCCCCGUGCACCGCCGCGGCUCCUUCCCGCUGGCCGCGGCCGGCCCCUCGCAGGCGCCCCCGCCCCCACUGCCCGAGGAGGACCGCAUGGACCUGAACCCGUCCUUCUUGGGCAUCGCCCUGCGCUCCCUACUAGCCAUCGACCUGUGGCUGUCCAAGAAGCUGGGGGUGUGCGCUGGGGAGAGCUCGUCUUGGGGCAGCGUGCGGCCCCUUAUGAAACUGCUGGAGAUCUCGGGACACGGCAUCCCCUGGCUACUGGGCACCUUCUACUGCCUGUCCAGGAGCGACAGCUGGGCCGGGCGCGAGGUACUGAUGAACCUGCUCUUCUCCCUGAUGUUGGACCUGCUGCUCGUGGCCCUGAUUAAAGGGCUGGUCCGCAGGCGCCGCCCGGCGCAUAACCAGAUGGAUAUGUUUUUCACUCUCUCGGUGGACAAGUACUCCUUCCCUUCGGGCCAUGCCACGAGAGCCGCCCUGGUGUCGAGGUUCAUCCUGAACCACCUGGUGCUGGCCAUUCCGCUGAGGGUGCUGGUGGUGCUGUGGGCCUUCGUCUUGGGCCUCUCCAGGGUCAUGCUGGGGCGACACAAUGUCACCGACGUGGCUUUUGGCUUUUUUCUGGGCUACAUGCAGUACAGCCUCGUGAACUAUUACUGGCUCUCACCCCACAAUGCUCCCAUCCUCUUUGUACUGUGGAAUCAGCAAUGACCCCAUCUCACUGAUUAUGGCACCAGGAGGUCUAACGAUUUUGAUGAUGCCAACCUAAAUCAGCCAUCCUGCUUGCCCCCCUUAAGACAUUUCAGGCUUCUUUUGGGAUUUCAGGUGUCCCACCGCCUUGAUGUGUUGCUAGGCUGAAGCACGUGCUGGCCAUUACUGAACACAGCCAUAUUAGGGAAAGAAAAAAAAAAUCCCUCUAUUGUAUAUUUAUUCAGCAACUGCUUAUAUCUCCAGGACAACUGCAAAGAAACCAAACUGAGGUGGUUAUACUGUUGCUGUUUUUCAAAAGUUGACAUUAAUAAGAUUUGUGUUUUGUAGGAAUCCCCUAAAUCAACAUAUCACUUGUAAUUUGAACUUUGAGAAAGCAACAUAUCUUCAUUCUGUAAAUACACAUGCAGGGAAACCAUGUACCAAUCCUAGUCCUUUUCCUGAGAUAGAUUUUAAACAGUAUUUUAAAAGUCUAACACAUAGGUUUUUCUAGUUUAUUCCCUGAAGAUCUGUUGCCACAGUUGGGGAGAUCUCUUCUUAAUCCUGAUUUUCUUGGUAAGUUUUUUUACUUUAUUAUCACUUCCAUUUUUGUGGAUUGGGUAGUGACAAAGAGGUGAUAGCACUGUCUUUCUCUCCCUCUACUCCUCAAAAGGUCUUUAAAAAGCUAUUUCCCACUACAUUUUUAGCAUUCAGAGAAUAAACCAAGACCUUAAAAAAGUGGGUGUAUCUAAGGGCCCAGAAAAAAGGAAAAAUGAGACUAUAGCCUCAUGUGUAAUUCUGUUGACAACUAAUUACGUAGCAUAACAGGGGACAAAGAAGUCACUGGGAAGAAGUUAGAGAAACUAAACUUUGGGGAGUAGACUGACCACGUAUUAUACCAAUGACCCACAUGGCAGGAGAGAAGGCCCUACGACCAGUCAUGCCUACUGAAUAGAGAAUAAUGUUCCUCUAUAAGGGUAAUAAAUGGGAAAAUAACAUGUCUUCUUAAUGCAAAAGCAUAGGCUUGCUCAUACACCACAAGAAUGACCCUGUUUACUAUCAUUUUUCCCGUGAAAUUCCAUUUUCCUAUAUACAGCACAUCUUAGUUAACUGUAUUUAACUUGAAAUUCACCAGGGGAGCCUACCACAGUAUCAGGCACAAGGAAGGCAUAAGUCCUAAAUUUCUGUUUACAUUGAAUUUUACAUUUAAAGCUGUUCAUUCAUGGUGCCUCCAAAAUCAUAAGACCAAAGACCCCUAGUCACAAGGUGGAUUAUGCUCAUUAUUCUUGGGCCCAGACAUACGGAAGAGGGUAUAUGUUUAAACGCUGCUCUAUCUGACUAGAAAACCUUUAAAUUACCUAUGGAAGUGUUGUUUUCAGGUAAUCUUAAUGGCUGAUUAUUUUGGCAUUUGUAAUUAGAAAAAUUAUAUACUUUGACAUACAGAGGUACAGGUAGGAACCUAGACAAUAGUCUGUGAUAAGUAGAUUCUGAUUGGACGGAAACAGGAACUUUCUGAGAGUGAGGGGCACACUAAAAAGGGAACAGCUACUCCUCAAUUAAAAUCAUAUAUUCCCACAACACCCUGAAUACUUACUACCUCUUCACUUGCUAACUCAGCCAAACUGUAAAACUUUUAAGUGGUUUGGGUCUGUUGUUUAAACUUAGAGAGAUCCUUUAUUUUAACUGCAGCAGUAUUCAGGCCAGAUACUUGGAAGCAAUGAUAUUUCCUCUUGGAGUGUCCACAGUCCAAAUAUCGGUGGCUUGACAUUCGGCUUACCUUGUGGUUUGUAGUUAUACUUUUGGAAUUCCCUGUUUUACUUGCUGGGGCCUGAGUUUGCUGGCUUUUGAAGAUCAAUUCACCUGAUUAUUUUGGAGCUUCCAAAGUACUGUAGAAUAGAAAACUGAUUUCGUUGUUCAUGAAUUGUACACUGAAGAAUGCCUUUAAAAAUCAUAAUAAAAUUAACCAGUAAUGUUAAAUGAAGUGAGAAGAAAACUUGUUUAAUUUUUGCCUUGAGCAGGACUACUGAUUGAUUACUUAGCUUCUCCAAGUUUCCUUCAUCUUACUGCACAGUUUUGAAAGCUUGAACGUGACAUAGCACAGUUGAUACGUCUGGCCCUGCUUGCUGUCAGCAAAGUAGGACAAAGCCAGGAAAUGUUGAUCCGCUUUGUUUCACAGCCACAUAUACGUUGCAAUCACAUUUGCCAACUGUAUGGAGGCUAACAAGAUUCU